CCUGCCUCUGCCUGCCUGCAAUAGUAAUACCCUUCAACCAUCAACCCUUUCUUCUUUUUCAUGCAAUCUACAUCUUCGCCAACACUCCCAAAUGCAACAGCUAUGCAAUGCAAUGGAAAGAGAAUCUUGAGGCUUUGUCAUACAUGGGUGUUGUUGAUGAAACUGAGAGAAUUUAAAGAACUCCAUGGCUCCUAGCUAUCUAAGGCGGUCUGGCUGCAGAGUGCUUGUCGGUAUAAAGUUGCUGGAAUAAUCUAUCAUGCAUCGAUCUUGACUGUAAGUAUUUCUGGCAGCACAAAGAGAAGAAACAUAUCAAUUUUUCUCUCAUUGUUGGUCUUGAAGAACAGAAAAAACUAUCUGGGUUUGUCUUUAUGUUGUUGCUUUCAUGGUUGGUAAUUGGCAAUUUCCUGUCUUAGUAGAAAAGUCCUGAUCUGGGUAUAUUUGUAAGUUGUGGCUGAUCAAGAGCUUCUGGUAUGUGGUUGUUAUCACAUUUACUUCAAAAUUUCUGUUUAUGUGGAAACUGAACCUUAUAUACUGUUUCUUCUUCUUCUUCUCCUUAACCGUGGAGGCAAGGAAGUAGGAUGGUGUUUCAGUUGAGUAGAUAAACUUCAGAAGGAUUAAGAUUGGCUUUUCUGCUAGUUUUUGUAUUAGGUGGGAAGUCUGUUGUUAUCUUGGAAAACUUAGGUUGGCUUUUUGUGAUGGGGUUUUUGAUAGGAGAUGGAGAUUUCCUCAUCCGGGUGAUGAAUAUGAAGAGUUGGAGAGCAGGGUUUGUGGUUCAGCUUAUGAUUCUAUCUGAUUUAUGGUGGUUAGUUUCAGGUCUAGGUUCGAUGUCUUCCAUUGCCAUUUCUUAUGGUGAGAAAGGUCCUGUUUUCUGUGGUUUAAAAUCAGAUGGGUCUCAUCUUGUAACUUGUUAUGGGUCAAACUCGGCUAUAAUAUAUGGAACUCCAGCUCAUUUCCCCUUUGUUGGUCUAACUGCUGGCGACGGCUUUGUUUGUGGGCUUCUAAUGGAUUCUAACCAACCUUAUUGUUGGGGUAGCAGUGGUUAUAUUCAAAUGGGUGUUCCUCAGCCCAUGAUAAAAGGAGCUGAAUACUUAGAAAUCAGUGCUGGCGAUUAUCACUUAUGCGGUUUGAGGAAACCCUUAACCGGAAGACGCAGAAACACUUCUUUGGUUGAUUGUUGGGGCUAUAACAUGACAAAAAACUAUGAUUUUGAUGGUCAGCUUCAGUCAAUUUCAGCGGGUUCUGAAUUCAAUUGUGGUUUGUUUUCUCAGAAUAGGACUGUUUUCUGCUGGGGCGAUGAGACUAGUAGCCGAGUGAUCAGCUUAAUUCCUAAGGACCUGAGGUUUCAGAAGAUUGCAGCUGGUGGAUAUCAUGUUUGUGGGAUUUUAGAGGGGAUAAAUAGUAGAGCCUUUUGUUGGGGAAGGAGCUUGAACAUUGAGGAAGAAAUUUCUGUGGAAAAAGCGGAUCAAGGAAAUGUAGACUUACCUCCAAAUGUUCCAAUGCUUUCUGUUGUUGGGGGAAAGUUUCAUGCUUGCGGAAUUAAGAGCUCCGACCGCGGAGUCGUUUGCUGGGGUUUUAUCAUCAAAUCCAGCACCCGUCCUCCUAGUGGCAUUAAGGUUUAUGAAAUUGCUGCUGGAAAUUACUUCACUUGUGGAAUUCUUGCUGAGAAAUCUCUUGCACCCGUUUGCUGGGGUCUCGGAUUCCCUACCUCUCUUCCUUUAGCUAUCUCCCCAGGAGUCUGCAAGUCUACUCCAUGUAAUCCCGGUUUCUAUGAAGUCAGCCCUGAGAAUGCCCGUUGCAAGUCUUCUGACUCUCGUGUUUGCAUGCCCUGCAGCAAUGGCUGCGCUGCGGAAAUGUAUCAAAGUUCUGAAUGCACUUUGAAAUCUGAUAGGCAGUGUGCAUAUAAUUGUUCAAGUUGCUUCUCAGCUGAAUGCUUCUCAAAUUGUACUUCUUCAUAUUCCAAUGCCAUUAAUGGAAAGAAGAAUGAAAGGUUUUGGUCACUGCAAUUGCCAGUCAUCAUCGCUGAGAUUGCCUUUGCUGUUUUCUUGGUUAGUAUUGUGUCUCUAACUGCAGUGUUAUAUGUACGGUACAAGUUACAGAACUGUCAGUGCUCAGGAAAGGAAUCAAAGUCGAAGAAGAAUAAUAAGAUUGGUUCUGCGUUCGAGAAAGAUACUGGGAAGAUCCGCCCUGACCUGGAGGAGCUGAAGAUGAGGAGGGCACAGAUGUUCACUUACGAGGAACUUGAGAGAGCCACUGGUGGGUUUAAAGAAGAAUCCCUUGUGGGAAAGGGAAGUUUUUCCUGCGUUUUUAAAGGGGUUUUGAAGGAUGGGACAGUAGUAGCGGUUAAAAGGGCUAUAACAUCUCCCAACAAGCAGAAGAAUUCGAAAGAGUUUCAUACGGAACUUGAUCUACUUUCGAGAUUGAACCAUGCACAUCUGCUCAAUUUACUUGGAUAUUGUGAAGAAGGUGGAGAAAGGCUUCUUGUUUAUGAGUUCAUGGCUCAUGGAUCCUUGCAUCAACAUCUUCAUGGGAAGAACAUGGCCCUGGAUUGGGUUCGAAGGGUCACAAUUGCGGUCCAAGCAGCACGAGGAAUUGAGUACUUGCAUGGUUAUGCUUGCCCGCCUGUAAUUCACCGAGACAUUAAGUCCUCAAACAUCCUCAUUGACGAAGAACACAAUGCCCGAGUGGCCGAUUUUGGUUUGUCAUUAUUGGGACCUGCAGAUAGUGGCUCCCCACUGGCCGAGCUACCUGCGGGAACUCUUGGGUAUCUUGAUCCUGAGUACUACAGGCUUCACUACCUUACAACCAAAUCUGAUGUGUAUAGCUUCGGUGUUUUACUAUUAGAGAUUCUUAGUGGCAGGAAAGCCAUUGAUAUGCAAUAUGAAGAAGGUAACAUAGUUGAGUGGGCAGUUCCUUUGAUUAAAUCCGGAGACAUAAACGCAAUUCUGGAUCCAGUUCUGAAACCUCCAUCUGAUCUUGAUGCCCUGAAGAGGAUUGCAAAUGUAGCUUGUAAAUGUGUGAGAAUGAGAGGGAAGGACAGGCCAUCAAUGGAUAAAGUGACAACAGCUUUGGAGAGAGCACUUGCACAGUUAAUGGGUAGCCCAUGCAAUGAGCAACCAAUUUUGCCUACUGAGGUAGUUUUGGGAAGUAGUAGGUUGCACAAGAAAUCCUCUCAAAGAUCUUCUAAUCGGUCAGUCUCAGAAACUGACGUGGCAGAAGCUGAGGAUCAAAGGUUUGAGUUCAGAGCACCUUCAUGGAUAACUUUUCCUAGUGUUACUUCUUCCCAGAGGAGGAAAUCAUCGGUCUCGGAUGCAGAUGUCGACGGGAAAAACUCUGAGGCAAAAAAUCUGGGAAAUGCAGGAAGUGUUGCUGGUGAUGGGUUGAGGAGUUUGGAGGAAGAGAUUGGUCCUGCUUCUCCUCAAGAGAAGUUGUUCUUGCAGCACAAUUUCUAAAAUGUUCCAAAAAGUUCCAAAAAGCUUCUGAAGCAGAAUUUAGGUUUUGAGUUUUUGAUUGGUCUUGGUGGGUUUGGUGGAUUAGUUUCUUGUAGGCUGAAGAAUUGCAGGUUGAAAUUUCCUUGAAUACUAGUGCCACUAGCACCACUACUAUUGGCCACCACAUGACUUCUUCAUUUAGUUUCUUAUGUAUUCAUUUCUGACAAUUUGGUAUUUACCAAAUCUCCAGGAGACAAGAUUUUAGCAGUUUGCAUUCUUUUA